AUGAGGCGACGGAAAAGGGCAAAUGGUGCCGAGAGGCAGAUGGGAGUAGAGGAGUCGGCGACACAAACCUGGAACUGGCGGGAGUCGCGUGUCUUGGAGCGGUCAGGCACUUUGAUGAAGCAGCUUCGUGACCCUGCCAAGGCGGGCGCCGGGCGGGACGGACGAGCAGCAGUCGAGUGCAAUACCUAG